AUGAAUCGCUCAAUCGCCACUGAAGAACAGCAGCAUUUACAUGUUCCAUCACCUCCAUCAAAUCUUACGAGAUCAUUUUCAUUAAAAUCUCAACAUUCAAAACAAGAUUAUAUUCGACGUAAAUCAGCUGCUGAUGCACCAUCAUUAGCAAUUAAACGUUUAGAACUAUCAGCUGAUAACAAUGAAAAUGAACAGAUAAAUACACCACCACCAAGACGUCCAUCAGCAGCAUUAUUUCAAAGACGUUUUACUGUUUUCUCAGUUGAAGAACAAUAUAUGGCUUCAAAUAGACAACGUCGUAUGACAACAGGUCGUUUUUCUUUUUUUGAUAAUAAAUCAAAUACAAAUUUACUGAAAAAUAAACGGCCAAGUGUUAUAUCACAAGUGGUCGAGUCAUUUGUACGACGAUUUUCAUUGCGAAAGAAAAAGAAUAAUAAUAAUAAUAAUAAUAAUAAUAACAAUAAUGAUCAAGAACAAGAUGAAACAAUCAUUGAUCCUGUUUAUGAAACAUUAAAAAUUGCAGCUGAAACACGUAAAAUGACAUUAGCUAAUUAUUUACAACAACGACAACAAAUACUCAAUAAACAAACAUCUCUGAAUAGUCAAGGUUCAUCUGAACCAGACAUUCAAUCAUCGCCAAGAGCAUCACGUCAUGCAAGUCGUACAGAAAAUGAUUUAGCUUCAUCAUUAAAACCAUCAACACAACAACCAAUAAGAACAUCAUUAGGUAAAAGAUAUUCUUCAGUUCGUCUUACAUCUACAGUAGAUAAACAUCCAUUUUCAACUCGAUAUAUGUCAUUUAAAAAUAGUUCAACUAAAUCGCGUAAAAAUCUUUGA